CUAAUUACGCUGUGUCCGUAUUACAUUAGCAGGUAUAUUGACUGUGUUGUCUAUUAUUUUCAGGCACGUGGCCAUGGAGGCUAUGAUUCUGAUUUUAGUGAUGAGGAGAAUGGAGAGAAAUCUGUGCAGAAGACUAAAAGUAUAAAGGAAGAUGGUCUCCUGAUAAAGCCAUUCCAAAAAACAAAACAAGGCAAUGUCGUUCACAGACAAUUCGCAGCUGAAGAAUGGGAUAGGGAAGAAGCAAGAAAAAGAAGAUUUCACUUGAUAGCGAUGGAUGCCUAUGAGAGACAUAAAAAGCUUGUGAAUGACUACAUUUUAUACUAUGGUGGCAAAAUAGAGGACUUCCGACGUUCUGGAGCAAACGACAAGACGGAUCUUGAUGUUAUUAGAGAAAACCAUAGAUUCCUGUGGAAUGAAGAUGAUGAAGCAGACAUGAAUUGGGAGAAAAGGCUUGCAAAGAAGUAUUACGAUAAAUUGUUCAAAGAAUAUUGUAUAGCAGAUCUCAGUAGAUACAAAGAGAAUAAGUUUGGAUUUAGAUGGCGCCACGAGAAAGAAGUAAUUUCAGGAAAAGGUCAGUUUUCCUGUGGAAAUAAGCACUGUGAUGAGAAAGAAGGCCUGAAGAGCUGGGAGGUGAAUUUUGGUUACGUUGAACAUGGUGAAAAGAGGAAUGCACUUGUGAAAUUGAGAACAUGUCCAGAAUGUUCCUACAAACUAAACUUUCAUCACCGGAGGAAAGAAGUCAAAGCACGCAAGAAAAGAGGCACAGCUGCACCAAACUCUAAAGAGCCCAAAAUUAAGAAGACAAAAUUAUCCUCUUCAGCAAAAAAGAAGUCCAAAAAAAAGACCCAUAAAGAUCAGGUUUCUUCAGAAGAUUCAGACAGUUCUGAUCAAGAUUCAGAUAACAGCGAUGCACAAGAUGGUCCUUCAGAUGCUGACUUUUGGAAAGGUCCUCUACAAGAAGCAGAUGAAAAAUCACGGGAGGAGGAGUUUGAUGAGUAUUUUCAAGACUUGUUUCUCUGAAACUUGAAGUUGAUGUAGGCUGAUUUUCUUCAUGAAUUGUCAAGAUGAAAGUCUGGAAAUCCAGUCAUAAUUGGGGACCAGAGACACCUUUCUGCCAGCAUACCUUUUCUACAGUCACUCAUAUGGACCAUCUCAGUAGGUUAUCUUUGUGAAAGGCUUCAUGUCUAAAAACCUUCUUUUAAUUGUGGUAGGCUGUAUACUCAGGAAAUAAGAGAAGUAAUUUUUUCAGAUCACUGCAAAAGAUACAUGGCACCCAAACUUAAUAGUAGGAAGGAUAUAAACAACCAAGAACAUCAUUUAUUGACAUUUCAUUAAGGAAGUUAGCCGCUUUUUAUGUUAUCCCAAACUUCAGUUAUUGUCAUAUUUUUGUAAAGGGGCAUUUUGGAAAAUUGUGUUAUUAGUUUAAAGCCAUACACUUUAAUAUAUUUGUAUUUCUAAUUUAUUAAAAAAGUUAUUAGCCUUAAAUGUAUUGGUCAUGUAGACUUUAAUAUUGAGGUAUUAGUCUCUGUAAGUAUUUUCAAAUGCUAUUGGAGAAGUUCAGUUUUUAUCAAAUAUGUAUUUUGUUUGAAUUAAGUAAAUCAUAUCUGAAAUGUCUCCCCUACACCUUAGAGAAGUUUAGUUCAUUGUGACUUUAUUUUAGAUUUUAGUUAUACCAUGAUGUGAC